AUCCCAAUCGUAAGGACACACAUGUGAAACAGUGCCGUGCACACGUGAAGCUUUGGGAUGUUGUGAAGUCCGCUGUUACUGUAUAUAUACGUUUAAUUUUGAUCUAGACUUCUUUUUCAAAAUGGUAGAAAUAGACGAAGAUCUCCAACUGGGAUUUGAAUCCGAGGAAGAGGACGACGAAUUGUCAGACAGUGAGCUGCAAGAAGCCUUUGGCAAGGGUUUACUAAAGCCUGGAAUGAAUGUUCCCCAGGAUAAGCCAAAGAAGGCCAUCAACAAUGUGGAGGGUCUGAAGAAAUCACUUACAGAACUGAAGAAGAACCUGGCAUGGGUUGAAAGGUUAGACCUCACAAACUACCCCGCUGUUGACAUUGCUGCAAAAGCAGAGAACAGAUCGGAACAAAAGGAAGGCAAUGAAGAGAUCAACGUGGAGGAUGACUUUCAAAGGGAGAUGUACUUCUAUCGCCAAGCCCAAGCAACGGUUUUAGAGGCCCUGCCAAAGUUGCACAAAUUUAAGAUUUCUACCAAGCGACCAGAGGACUAUUUUGCAGAGAUGGCCAAAUCAGAUCAGCAAAUGCAGAAGAUUAGAAAAAACCUCCUCAUUAAGCAAACAUCCAUGGAAAAGUCAGAACGGGCCAAGAAGCUCAGAGAACAGCGCAAAUUUGGCAAAAAGGUUCAAACAGAAGUCCUUCAGAAGAGGCAAAAAGACAAGAAAGCUAUGAUGUCAGCAGUGAAGAAAUAUCAAAAAGGAAUGACAGAUAAACUGGAUUUCCUUGAAGGAGAUCAAGACAAGGGCAAGAAAGGUGCAUCAGCAACCAAAUCACAUAUAAACAAAAAAGGUCCUAAUGCAAAGAGGACAUACAAGGAUAAGAAGUUUGGCUUUGGGGGCAAAAAGAAGGGCAGCAAAUGGAACACCAAAGACAGUCACGAUGACAUAUCAGGAUUCAGAGGCAAAGUGGCUCAUGGAAAAGGCGGGAAGAAAUUUGGCAAAGGAGGAAAGUCAAAUAAACGGCCAGGGAAAGAGGCACGGAGAAAAACGAAGGCACGCAAAUGAGCUGUAUCUUCUCAUGAAUACCUCUUACAGAAAUGGAUUGUGCCAUUAAAAAGACUUCUUUUUUAUCGCCUAUUUGC